AUGGCCAAUGAAGAGGAUGACCCAGUCGUACAGGAGAUCGAUGUGUACUUGGCCAAAAGUCUGGCAGAGAAGCUCUAUCUGUUUCAGUACCCAGUGCGUCCAGCCUCGAUGCCAUAUGAUGACAUUCCACACCUCUCAGCCAAGAUCAAGCCCAAGCAGCAGAAGGUAGAGCUUGAGAUGGCCAUCGACACGCUGAAUCCCAACUACUGCCGCAGCAAAGGGGAGCAGAUCGCGCUGAACGUGGAUGGGGCCUGCGCUGAUGAGACCAGCACAUAUUCCUCGAAGCUGAUGGACAAGCAGACAUUCUGCUCUUCCCAGACCACCAGUAACACGUCCCGUUACGCUGCUGCACUCUACAGGCAAGGUGAGCUCCACCUGACACCUUUACAUGGCAUCCUGCAGCUGCGGCCCAGCUUCUCCUACCUGGAUAAGGCAGACGCCAAGCACCGUGAGAGAGAGGCGGCCAAUGAGGCAGGAGACUCUUCCCAGGACGAGGCAGAGGAAGACGUGAAGCAGAUCACGGUGCGAUUCUCCCGGCCUGAGUCGGAGCAGGCCCGCCAGCGCCGCGUGCAGUCCUACGAGUUCCUGCAGAAGAAGCAUGCCGAGGAGCCCUGGGUCCACCUGCACUACUACGGCCUGAGGGACAGUCGCUCUGAGCACGAGCGCCAGUACCUGCUAUGCCAGGGCUCCGGUGGGGCUGAGAACACGGAGCUCGUCAAGUCCCCCAGUGAGUACCUCAUGAUGCUGAUGCCCCCCAGCCAGGAGGAGGAGAAAGACAAACCCGUGGCCCCCAGUAAUGUCCUGUCCAUGGCCCAGCUACGCACCCUGCCCCUGGCUGAUCAGAUCAAGAUCCUGAUGAAAAACGUGAAGGUCAUGCCUUUUGCCAACCUGAUGAGCCUCCUGGGCCCCUCUGUCGACUCCGUGGCUGUUCUGCGUGGCAUCCAGAAGGUGGCGAUGUUGGUCCAAGGAAACUGGGUGGUGAAGAGUGACAUCCUGUACCCCAAGGACUCCUCCAGCCCUCACAGUGGCGUGCCGGCCGAGGUGCUCUGCAGGGGCCGAGACUUCGUGAUGUGGAAGUUCACACAGAGCCGGUGGGUGGUAAGGAAGGAGGUGGCAGCGGUGACUAAGCUCUGCACGGAAGACGUGAAGGACUUUCUGGAGCACAUGGCCGUAGUGAGGAUCAACAAGGGCUGGGAGUUCAUUCUGCCUUAUGACGGGGAGUUCAUCAAGAAGCAUCCAGACGUGGUGCAGCGGCAGCACAUGCUGUGGACAGGCAUCCAGGCCAAGUUAGAAAAAGUUUAUAAUCUUGUGAAGGAAGCCAUGCCAAAGAAGCCGGACGGACAAUCAGGGCCUGUGGGGCUGGUCUCUGGGGACCAGAGGGUCCAAGUCGCCAAAAGACAGGCCCAGCAGAACCACGCGCUGCUGGAGCGGGAGCUGCAGCGGAGGAAGGAGCGGCUGCAGGCGUCCGCAGUCCUGCCCGGCGUGCGGAUCAAGGAGGAGCCCGUGAGCGAGGAGGGGGAGGACGAGGAAGAGCGCGAGGCGGAGGACGAGGAGCCCGUGGACACCUCGCCGGGCGGCGGCCUCCACAGCGGGCUGGCCAACGGGCUGCCUGCCGCACGGGCGGCCGGCGGGGACAGCUUCAAUGGGCACCCGCCCUCCGGCUCUGCCGGCAGCCCCGUAGCCCGGGAACUCAGGGCCUUUGUGCAGGCCACCUUUCAGAAACAGUUUGUGCUCACCCUGAGCGAACUCAAGCGCCUCUUCAACCUGCACUUGGCCAGCCUGCCCCCCGGCCACAUGCUGUUCAGCGGCAUCUCGGACCGCAUGCUGCAGGACACGGUGCUGGCCGCCGGCUGCAAGCAGAUACUGGUGCCUUUUCCCCCACAGACGGCUGCUUCCCCGGAUGAGCAGAAGGUGUUCGCCCUUUGGGAGUCUGGAGACAUUAGUGACCAGCAUCGACAGGUUUUGCUUGAAAUUUUUUCCAAAAAUUACCGGGUGCGCCGGAACAUGAUCCAGGCUCGGCUGACUCAAGAGUGUGGAGAAGAUCUGAGUAAACAGGAGGUGGAUAAAGUGCUAAAGGACUGCUGUGUAAGCUACGGUGGCAUGUGGUACCUUAAAGGGACAGUACAGUCUUGA